UACUGGGCCGGCCGCUCGGCUCUUCUGUGCUCCUCGGUCCUACCUGUUCCUCGGUCCAGUGCUGUUCUCAUCGUCUUCUCUCCUGGGGCCGGCAUCUUUAGUAUGGGUACCUGGCUGUGACAGCUUGCAGCAUCACAUCAAGGUACCCACUGCGCAUGCUUGAGAAGCGCUGCACUUUGUGAAUGGUCCGGCAGUCUUCUGGGUCCUGUCAUGUGUCCCAGCCCCUCCUCUACUCCCCAAAGGUCUGCAGUGUUUUGUCAUCCCCUUUACUAUGUAUGCAGUGGCUGGUCAUCUCCUGUAGCAUGUCUGCAGUCUCUGGUCAUCUCCUGUACUAUGUCCGCAGUCUCUGGUCAUCUCCUGUAGUAUGUCUGCAGUCUCUGGCCAUUUCCUGUACUAUGUCUGCAGUCCAUUGGUUCAGAACAUUAUUUUUAUUGUUUUCCUCCUCUAAAACCUAGGUGCGUCGUAUGGUCAGGUGCUUCUUAUG